UUGAAAAACGCCAUGGCUACUGUACUCGAAACAUGCCGAGUUCUAGCUCCACCAUGCGUCGCCCCUGAGCUAUCGAUGCCUCUUAAUUUCUUAGACAUCCCUUGGCUGCAUUCCAAUCCCGUCCAUCGCCUUCUCUUCUACGACUACCCUUGUUCUAAGCCCUACUUCUUGGAGACCGUCGCUCCAAAACUCAAAGAAUCUCUCUCCCUCACUCUCAGGCACUACCUCCUAGUAGCAGGCGAUUUGAUCUUCCAUUUGAACUCGGAGAAAGUGCCUGAAAUAAGGUACGUGGCUCGGGACUCAGCAGUUUCACUGACCAUCGCUGAGUCUGCUAGUGGUUUCGACGAUAUUAUCGGAAACCAUGCACGAGAUGCUGAUCAGUUCUAUGAGUUUGUGGCAGAGAUAGAUCCUGUAACAGAUGAAUCCGGGUACCAAAGGCUCCCUGUUAUGGCCCUGAAAGUGACUUUAUUUCCGGGGCGUGGUAUGUGUAUUGGGUUCACCAAUCUUCAUUGUCUUGGCGAUGCGAGUUCGAUUGUAGGGUUUAUGAAAGCAUGGGCUUCGAUCAGCAAACUCGGGGCAGAUGAGGAAUUUCUGAACAAACAAGGUGAAUUUUUGCCAAUUUUAGACAGAUCUAUCAUUAAAGACCCGCUUGGAAUUAAAACCACUUUCUUGAAAGUAAUAAGAGAUGUUCCUUUGAAAUCGACAUCUUUACCGUUACCCACCAACCGAGUCCGGGCCACAUAUAUUCUCCGCCAGACUGAUAUACAAAAGCUGAAGGAUUUGGUCUUGGAGAAGAAACCAGGUCUAGUUCAAGUGUCUUCUUUCACUGUCACAGCGUCUUAUGUUUGGACUUGCUUUAUCAAAUCCGGGGAGCAAGUUGAUGAUGAUGAGCUGGAAUUCUUCUGUUUCGCAGCAGAUAUAAGGUCAAGGAUUGAUCCACCAGUACCUGCCAAUUACUUUGGCAACUGCUUAAGUUAUGGGUUGGCUAUAAUGGAGCACAAACAGCUUGUGGGGGAAGAAGGGUUUGUGAUGGCUGCAGAGGCUAUUGCUGAUCAAAUCAAGAAUAAGGUGAACAACAAGGACGAAGUGUUGAAAGGUGCUGAGAAUUGGGUAUCAGAUUUGAGAGCAAUGAAUGUGAUAAGGGCCUUCUGGGUAUCUGGAUCCCCGAAAUUCGACUUGUACAAUGCGGAUUUUGGAUGGGGAAGCCCAAGAAAGCUGGAAGUCUUAAUGAUUGAUGAACAAAAGUAUUCCAUGUCUUUGUGCAAGUCAAGGGAUUCAGAUGGAGUAUUGGAGAUUGGUAUGUCUUUGCCGAAGGCAAGAAUGGAAACUUUUGCAACUAUCUUUAAUGAUGGGCUAAGGUUUUGAUAGUGCAUGUUAUGUUGGUAAAAAUAAUUGUGGUCUGGCAUAGACAAUUCAGCUCUGCUUUUGGUUUAUCAUGAUCUACGGAUUAGAUUUGUUGCUGACCGCCAGUACACUUUAUUUGAAUUAAGAGAAUAAUAAGACCCUAUGUAUCACAUUAUUGUUAUGUUUUCGCUUCAAAAAAAAA